UUUGUGUGGCGCAGCGCGUGCACUUGGAGUGUGUGGUUCCAUCGGACAGCUGGCCGCAGGAUAGUGUACUUGGUGACGAGUUCGAGACGUCAUCCGCCCGGAAAGCCCGAAGUAUCCAACCUCCGACAAGCGCCAGGACGAGACGUUAGUAGCCCCCAAGGGAUGGAGAGAAGUGAGGGAGAGCACGAACCACAUGCCCGGUGUCACAUCAAGAAAUGGAAGAGACCGCGGUUGGAUGCUCCACUCCACUCGAUCGCCCCGCCGUCCUCUCGGGCGCGAUUCGCGUCCAAGCCCAGCGCCCCGAGACUAUCACACUAACGGCUCGUCUAGCUGCUUGCACGACAGCGGCUCUGCACCGCUCUAGCCGCUGUGCCCACUCGAAUCGUUGGAAGCCCGCAGUCACGUUCCGACCCGAUGCCGUAGCGUGGAUAGCUAUGCCGAGAGCAAGCUUGCGGCUUGCCCGUAUCUAAGGACGCACACUCAGAUGUAUCGGUGCCACUGCGAAACGUUGAUGCACCGAGCCCCAAUUCUGAUUGGUCAGCAAAUGUGCAUUGUCUUCGGAAUACGAUGGGCGAAGUCGAAGUGCACACCCCGAACCUCCACAUGCCAACGCUCUCCCGCUCGCGAAGUGUAGUCCGGGCGUAGUAUAGCCGGAGAAAGACACCAAGGCGAUGCAGUCGCCGCGGAGGCCCGGGGUGCCACGGUCUGAGCUGGAGCG